UGCAGGACCUCAUCUCAGCUCGACGCUGUCUGUCCCACUCUAUACGUAACGCUCUGUCCAGAAUCCAUCACUUCGAGUGACGGUCUUUCCGCUCCUCCUCCUCCCCUUCCGUCGCGCUCGCGCGUCCGCGCUCCUCCGACAAGCGGCGCUUCUUUUGCUGCUUCAUCUUCUGCUCCGCGACGUGCGCGCGCUACGCACGCACAAACGCGCGCACACACACACACACACACACACAAACAAACGUCUCGUCCGUGAUCUUCUACAGCGAUCACCUCGGCGCGCGCUCUCCAAGCUUGCGCGAGCUUUCGGAAAUAUAUUCAACUAGAAAAGGAAACGCACUUCAAAGGAGCCGCAGGAUUUUUUUCAAAGGAUUAAUUGAUAGUAAUAAUUAUAAUUAUUAUAAUAAAAAAAACCCAACAACAACAACAAGUGGCGCAAUCCUGAGAUAAAUCUGGCGUCGCAGAAGCGGGGAUGAACCUGCAGCGCGCGGGCUCCGCUCUCGGCAUGGCGGGCUGGCGGCUGGCGUGCGUCGCCGCGGCGCUCGCGCUCGAGCUCUGGAGGCCCGCGGAGUCGUGUCCCGCCGCCUGCACGUGCACGGGCACAAGGAUUUACUGCGCCGACACCGAGCGCGGCAUUGCGGCUUUCCCUGCGCUCAGCGAGCCCGAGAUGGAGAACAUCACCGACAUAUAUAUCGCUAACCAGAGCAGCUUCUCCUCCAUCAACGAUAAAGACCUGACCUUCUACCGCAACCUCAGAAAUCUGACAGUGACCAACACGAGGCUGACGUAUGUGUCUCGGCAGGCGUUUCAGAAUAAUGCCAAACUGCAAUACUUGAACCUGAAGGAUAACAAUCUGUCCUCACUCUCCUGGAAGACUGUUCACCAUCUGAACCUUUCCUCCCUGCUUCUGUCUGGAAACCCGCUGCAGUGCUCAUGUGACAACAUGUGGAUGAAGCAGGGGAGAGGUGAAGAGUCUGAGGCAGCCGAGCUCAUGUGUGUGGAGGAAGGAGGGAAGCGGAGGCAUCUGUCCAAGAUCACCGUCCCCAACUGUGUUGUCCCUACAGUCAUCCUCCAUCCUAAAAGCGUUUCCCUGAUGGCAGGUUCAAAUGUAACACUAACUUGUAACGCCUCAGGAAUGCCCACGCCCGAUCUCAACUGGAUUACCUGCCCACUCAAUUCGAGCUAUGAGAUUGUGACCUCGGGACAGUCUACGACACUCAGACUCAGAGAUCUCUCCCCCUUGGACAACGAAUGCAAAAUCACCUGCAGCUCUGACAACACAGCAGGGGAGAGUGAAGUUUUGCACCUCGACAUUCACUUCCCUCCAACGAUCAGCAAGCUCAUGGACGCCAUCCCCGACCACCACUGGUGCAUCCCCUUCAGUGUAUCUGGCAACCCCCAGCCGAAGCUGAACUGGCUGUUACGGGGUGAGCCUCUGACUGAGGGAGUCUUUAUAAGCACCCGGAUCCACGAUUACUCCGAGCAUGAGUAUCACGGCUGCCUGCAGCUCGACAGCCCCACGCACAUCAACAACGGCGAGUACACGUUGUUGGCCAGCAACCGUUACGGCAAAGACCGCAAAUCUGUAUUCGCCCACUUCAUGCACAACCCGUGGAAUGAUACAACAGCCACAGAUUCCCUCUAUUACGACCCGACUACAGAUGACACGCCUCUGGAGCCACCUGAAGACCGAGUUGCUGUGUACGUGGUCGUGGGAAUCGCCGCCGUCACAUUCAUAGGCUUUGUCCUGAUGCUGAUCAUCCUCAAGUUUGGCCGGAAUUCAAAGUUCGGAAUUAAAGGGCCUUCAUCGGUCAUUAGCAACGACGAUGACUCAGCCAGUCCGCUUCAUCACGUGUCGAAUGGCUCGAAUACGCCGUCGUCCUCAGACAUGAACGCAGACGCCGUCAUCAUCGGCAUGACCAAGAUCCCCGUCAUUGAGAACCCGCAGUACUUCCGCAGCACCAGCAGCCUGCUCAAAUCCGACACCUUUGUCCAGCACAUUAAAAGACACAACAUUGUACUUAAGAGGGAACUCGGCGAAGGGGCCUUCGGGAAAGUGUUCCUGGCCGAAUGCUACAAUCUGAAUAUUUCACUCGACCAGGAUAAGCUCCUUGUGGCAGUCAAGACCCUAAAAGAAGCCAGCGAGAAUGCGCGCAAGGACUUCCACCGUGAAGCCGAGCUUCUGACCAACCUGCAACAUGAGCACAUUGUCACCUUCUACGGUGUGUGCGUGGAGAGCGAUCCCCUUAUCAUGGUGUUCGAAUACAUGAAGCAUGGAGACCUCAACAAGUUCCUCAGGGCUCACGGUCCUGACGCUGUGUUAAUGUCAGAUGGUCAGGUGCCGCAGCAGGCCGAGCUCACGCAGUCUCAGAUGCUGCACAUUGCUCAGCAGAUCGCAGCAGGGAUGGUAUAUCUGGCCUCACAGCACUUUGUGCACAGAGACUUGGCCACACGUAACUGCCUUGUUGGUGAGAACCUGCUGGUGAAGAUCGGUGACUUCGGCAUGUCCCGCGAUGUGUACAGCACAGAUUAUUACCGGGUGGGAGGUCACACCAUGCUUCCGAUUCGCUGGAUGCCCCCGGAAAGCAUCAUGUACAGAAAGUUCACCACAGAGAGUGAUGUCUGGAGCCUGGGGGUGGUGCUCUGGGAAAUAUUUACCUACGGCAAACAGCCCUGGUACCAGCUUUCCAACAAUGAGGUGAUUGAAUGCAUCACUCAGGGUCGUGUGCUGCAGUGGCCACGCACUUGUCCGAAAGAGGUGUAUGACCUGAUGCUAGGCUGCUGGCAGAGAGAACCGCACUCUCGCCUCAACAUUAGAGAGAUCCACACCCUGCUGCUCAACCUGGCCAAGGCCUCGCCGGUCUACCUGGACAUCUUAGGCUGAGAGAUAGUCUGUGUUGCGUGUGUAUCCCCAAACUGUGCUUUAUUCAAAAUUUUCAUCUUCUUCUCCUCCCUCUCCCCCUUAGCUUCCUAAGUUCCAUCCAUCCUUUUAUCCUAAAUGUGUAGUGUGCUAAACAGCAGGAGCCACAUUUACCAGUAUUAUCAAAGAAAGGACUGAAACGUGACGCCAAAGACCUUCCAUUCCGCUGGACCACUUCUCUACUGGUCAGACACUGACUGUACAGCGGAUAAGAAAUGUUACUGAAAAUAUUUCCACAAGCACAUCAUUUCCAGGACUUCAGGAAUUGGCUCUUCAUUUUCUGCCUGCUUUACAAAACGUGGAAAUGUACCGCGGCCGUGUCGGAAGGUGCCACGGAUCGCACGGGAGGUUCCCCCAUCCUUCCUGAUCCCUUUCCCCAAGCGUCUGCGUACGUAAAAAAAAAAUAAAACCCACUUAUAAAGCUAGACGUUGACAGUAGCAUGGAGAUUAUAGAUAUCGAACAAACACAAUACAGUUUCACUUUUUUUCAGGAAAAAAAACGGAUUGCAGACUUUAGCGACGAGAGCCUACACGGUUGUCCUCAUAGCGCACUAGAGUGGUUAGGGAUAUCGAGUCAUUUGAGACGAGGCCGUGCCCAAUACGUUUAGUGUGCAUUUAGGACAAGAGCCCAAUUACCCAGAGUGGCUGAUUAUGAUGGGUAGGCUAAAUUAUGACCCACCACCUCUUUCUUCGCCUUCUUCCCCUCCUUUCUCCAUCACUUGAAUUAUCACAGAGUUGAGAAGCAGUGAUGUAGUGCUUAAGCCGGGAGCACGCAGCUGUUAUGGUGUAAUAUAUAUUUCAUUACAGUACUAAUGUCUGCUAUUAGCACCUAUUCCCUAUAGACUCAUACACAACACAGAUGGGAUUGAAAGGAAAAGAAAGGAGGGGUUAGUUUCCAAAACAACUUCAAAAAAAAUAUUUAUUGGAUCAUAUUUUAUUUAGCGAUGCACUUUUUAAUAACAACACUAACAGAAAGGGGUGAAAUCUUUUUUUUUUUUUAUUAAAUUUUUUUUUUAAGUGAUUAUAAUUAAGCUAAUACAAAAAGUGUAUCAAUUUGCACACCUUUACACUUGCUGUAAUAUAUAUAUUAUAUACAUAUACAUAAACACACACGCACACACACAGACAAAUAUAUACAUGUAUAAACACACAUAUGGAUGCAUUGUGCAUAUGGAUCCUGAAUUGUGUAUCAUAGUUUUUCUUUUUUUGUUAACUUUUUAACUUGUAAAAUGUAAGGCACAUGUUUAUUUUUGUAUAUAUUAUGUUAUGUAAUGUUAUGUUAUUUUAUGUAAUGUUAUGUUAUGUUAUGUUACUUUAUUUAUUUAUUUAUUUGUUUGUUUGUUCGUUCGUUCGUUCGUUUCGUUUUGCAAAUUUACCUUGCCUGGUUUAAAUCUCACUAAAUGACCAUACACAAGUGCACAAGUGCAACCAAAAAAAAUGAGUAAUGAGUCAUGAUUUUAAACUAAAUCAGUUAUUUUUAUGACUUUCAUUUGAAUGUAAAGUGAUAGAAGUUAUCACAAAACUAUUAACGACAGCUAAUAGAGCUGUGUUAUGUAAUUAUUUUGUUUAGGUGCUUAUUUCAUUUCGGUUCAGGCAUAAUAACAUGUUUGUUUUGUAUAACAGGCGUGUUCUAAUAGGGCUUACAACAUGCGAAAAGACGACUGAGGAAGUCUGUGUAUCGUAAACGAAUAGCGACAAAUGAAGAACAACGCUAGUCGGCGCUAAUCUCAAUGUUUUGAGGACAAAGCAGCUGACCGUGAAAUGUGCCUGGACAGCAACUUUUCAGCCUGCGUGCUGUAAAUCUUAAAGUGUCUAUAAGCUACAACACAACCUGAAUGAGUAAGAGUGAGUCAUUUAAUAGCUGUGAGGGAGGAAAAUAGCGGCCAUGUUGCUUGUUUCCAAAGCUUAAGUUCAACAAAGGGCUGAGGAUGUUUUGGGGAAGAAGAAAACGUAUACUACAUGUGUGUGUGUACAUGUACUUGUUGUAUACACACUCAAUCACACAUAUCCUCUUAAAAGUAAAUAAGAAAUAGUCUCACAUUUUACCAGGUCUGUUUAGAGCAGCAGGCGGAAGUGUCAGAACUUCAUGUUGGACCACAGCUUACAGAAAUUCAUCUUGUUCCUGAAGUAACUAUCAGAGGAAUCAGAUUUGCUGUUACUUUAAAGGACUGUACUUGGAUAUAUGUGAACCUGGCGCAAAACACUCACAAGCAAAAAAAUCCCCAUCAACAGUGACAUUACUGUUUACAAUACGUUUAUCCAUACGAUCAAAUGCGCUCAGUGACGUUGAGGCAGUCAUGAUACAUUGUAAUUAAUAAAAGUGUCUUGCCUUACCAAA